GUAAACUCUAUUCUAUUCCCAUGUCUCCUCUUACUCUUUCAUUGCACUUGCUCUCUCCUCCCUCUAUGAUCACCUCCCUCCUCUUCAUCCUCUUCCUACUUCUACUACUACACCAUGCCAUAACACCAUACUUCUCCAAGAAGCUGUCAUGCCCUCCACCUUCCCCCCGCGGGCUCCCGAUCCUCGGCAACCUCCACCAACUCGGCCCCCUCCCCCACCGCACGCUCCACGGCAUGUCUCUCCGGCACGGGCCUCUCCUGCUCCUCAAACUAGGCCACGUCCCGGCCCUCAUCGCGUCCUCCGUCGACACCGCGCGGGAGGUCUUGAAGACCCAAGACAACCUCUUCGCGAGCCGGCCUUCGCUGAAGGUGCCCGCCACCCUCUUCUACGACAACAAAGACAUCGCCUUCGCGCCCUACGGCGACUACUGGAGACAGGUGAAAAAGCUAAGUGUUCUCCACCUCAUGAGCUCCAAAAUGGUCGACUCGUUUAAGCUCAUACGAGAGCAAGAAGUGGCCUUAUUGGUCGCGGCGAUCGCGCGAGCUUCUGCUUCGCGUUCCACUGUAAACAUGAGCGAGCUUUUCGCCUCUCUAUCUAAGCAUAUCAUAAGUAGAGUGAUCGUAGGAAAACCCUCAAGAGAAGAGGAGUGGGAUAGUGUUCUACACUUGAUGAUCCAAGAGUGUUCUUUAAUGCUCGGUUCGUUUCAUGUUGGGGACUAUUUUCCUGCACUUUCAUGGGCUGGUAAACUAACCGGGCUCGACGCGAAGUUGAAGACGACGAUGGCGACAGCGAGCGACAUUCUUGAGGCGAUCAUCGAACAGCGCCUCGCUCGGUCGCGGGAUCACGGUGAUCAUCAUGAUCGUGAGCCCGAAUGCUUCGUCGACGUCUUGCUCUCUGCGGUGAAAGAUAACACCAUGGGCGUUUCCUUUGGCAAGGAGAACAUCAAAGCCAUUGUUACGGACUUGUUUGGCGCGGGGACGGACUCGACGUACAUCGUAAUGGAAUGGACGAUGGCGGAGCUCGUCCGAAACCCUAAGGCGAUGAAGAAGCUGAAAGAAGAGAUCAGAGGCAUCGUAGGCUCGAACCCGACGGUAAGCGAAGAAGACUUAGCCUCCAUGCCCUACCUAAAGGCUGUGAUAAAGGAAACCCUAAGGCUGCACCCACCAGGGCCCUUACUAGUCCCCAGAGAGCUCAUGCAGGAUACCAAGAUGCAAGGCUAUGACAUUCCUAAAAAAACUAGGGUUUUUGUCAAUGUAUGGGCCAUAGGGAGGGACCCAGGAGUGUGGGAGGACCCAGAGGAGUUCAAACCUGAGAGGUUUUUUGGUAACUCUAUUGAUUUCAAGGGGCAAGAUUAUGAGCUUUUGCCAUUUGGUGGGGGGAGGAGGGUGUGCCCUGGGAUAGGGUUUGCAGUGGUGGUGCUUGAGCUGGCCCUUGCCAAUGUUGUUCACAGGUUUGAUUGGGAACUGCCCAAUGAGAAGAGAGGGGAGGAGCUGGACAUGGAUGAGGUGUUUGGCCAAACUGUGAGGAGGAAGAAUAGUCUCCAACUGGUAGCUAAGCCUUGCUGAGCUAGGGUUUAUGGUAUUCAGCUACUGGCUAUACCUAUAUAGGUCUUUGAUUCAAAUCAUGUUUCACUACUUAAAUAUAUAAGUGUAUAAGCAAAGAUGCUUACGUAUGGGGUUGAUUGGAAUAAAUAAAUAGAUAAAUAAGAGAAAAAGAAAGAAUGUCUAACAUGUGGAUCGUAAGCGCCAAUCAACUAUCCCAAAAGUACGUGCUGAUAGAAAGGGCGCAUCCAUCACACUUAAGGCUCAGCCACAGUGCUCGCGGGCUUCGAUCUGACUCAACCUACUUGAACGUUGGAUCUUUUGCCGGGCCUCUUGCUGUUAGGUCUCUUAUGGACCAUACCUCCACUCAACUUAUUAGUCUUCUGAGUCUAUUGUCACGGGACAGAAAGUUGGACGUAUUGUAAUCCAAUAAUAAAUAGCCAGCAUAGCAUUUGUUUGAGAUUUGUAUGUUGGAAAUAUGCGCAUGAUGUUAUUAUAAAAAAUUGCAAUAAUUUAAAGGUUUUUGUUUU